AAUUUAGACCCCUAUGUAUAAUAGACACAGAGCCCCAGCAGAAGCAGAAAGGCUUGGACCAACACUCGGAGACUGACUGAGACACUCAAAAUGAGGAUGAAGGCCGCAACCAUACUCUUGAUUCUGCCUCUUCUUUCGGCCUUGGCUUUUGCCGGGAAGGUCGCCGAUGUCAAAACCUUGCAGAUUGGUGUCAAGUACAAGCCAGAAACUUGUGAACUUAAGGCUCGCAAAGGUGAUAAAGUCAGGGUACACUACCGGGGAAAACUCACAGAUGGAACUGUCUUUGAUUCUAGUUUUGAAAGGGGUGAUCCAAUCUCUUUUGAGCUUGGGGUUGGUCAAGUUAUAAAAGGAUGGGACCAAGGAAUUGCGGGAAUGUGCGUAGGCGAGAAGCGCAAGUUGAAAAUACCUUCACAUAUGGGCUAUGGGGAUCAGGGUUCUCCACCAACUAUUCCAGGUGGUGCCACACUGAUAUUCGACACUGAGCUCGUUGAAAUUUUGGGGAGAGAUUCAAAGAACGACGGGGAGCUGUAGUGGAAUGAUUUCCAGCUUGAGCUUCCUUUUAUGUUUUUUUCAUGUUUAGUUUUCCUAAAGAAAUUACUUGUGGUAACCAGUGGCUUGACGAGCCAAAAUAUUAUUUUGCUUUAUAGUCAUUAUCAGACUACAAGGUUGAAGUUAUGUUACUGUUCAGUCACUUUUGA